CAUCUGUGGCAAUCGAGUGGCCUUUCCAUGGAGCAUGUCUGCAGCUUCUGGCACGGACCUGGCUACAUAGGCGAUUCUCGUGACUGCCAAGCCUGGGGUUUUUGCCAAAAUAAUAAGCUUGUAGCACGAGGGUACUGCCCGGAGGGUUAUUACCACGAUUCUCGCUCAGGAUAUUGCAAGCCGGCAAAGGAGGUGAGGUGUGCACCUCAAGAAUGGGAAUUUUGUGCCAUGAUCAAGACAGGAGAGUAUGUAGCGGACCCCUUCGACUGUCGAAAAUACAAAAAAUGUGAUCAGGAAAGAGAAGACGAAGACGUUCACUACUGUCCCAAUGGUUAUAUGUUCAACAACAGACUACAGACAUGUGUGUCUAGUGCAGGCGGAUGUCCACAGAAGAACCUGGAUCUAUGUGCCUGUAUGCCGAGUGGCACAACUCUGGGUGAUCCCCUAAACUGUGGACUUUUCUUAAAGUGUGAAAAUGGCUCUGGCACUGCAGGAGUCUGUUCAGCCUCUCGUUACUACAACUUUAAGACAGGACAUUGCCAAACACUCCAGCCAGAACAUUGCGGAGAAGAUGGCUAUAAGCCCGACAAGAAGCAACCUCCAGUGACAGAUGCCUAUGUGUGCCCCAGCUACUACCAAUCUGAUCGUUCCGGUAACCAAUUUAUUUCAGAUGCUCUAACUUGCCACGGGUACUACACCUGCAAUUCCCAAUAUUUCAUUGCCAAGUGGAACAGUUGUCCUCUUGGCACUCACUUCCAGUGGUGGAGUCAGAAGUGCGUCAGUCCCGACUCCUACAGCUGUCCCUUUGAUCGAUGUGGCAAUCUGAACACAACAUUUGUCACCGUUAUCAACACUGGUUGCACUGAGUAUAUUUUCUGUAAUAAUCAAGUAUCAUACAGAUUGCUCAAGUGCCCGGAAGAGUAUCCAUACUUUGAUGAGAAACUUGGAGUCUGUGUUGCUACAUUUCCAAACUAUAAGAUAUGCUUUAUGGCUGGAUGAUUAAUGGAUAGACUGGUACUUAUAAUUAACUCAUUAAGAACGCUGAAAGCUGGAUACUUAACAUACGCUCUUUAUAAUAUUCCGUCAUAUAUUUAUAAUUCGGAUAUUCAUUUAGAUAAUGUUCUAAGCAACAAUAAUUUUUUGUGUUGUCGGAAUAAUAAAUGGUUUGUGAAUCUGUUGACUAUGGAAAGAACACAAAUAUAGGCACUCCAUGUUAGGUUGUCUUAAAAUCAACACUGAAAGACUCCUUCCAUUUGUUAACCUACCCCAAUACUCGUU